AUGGCUGAGAGGAAGGUACAUAUGAAGGAAGCUGACGAAGACGUGCUCUUGCAGUUGUCCACACGGUUGCCCAGCAUCAAGGACUUUGUUGACGUGCGAUCCUUGCCAACGAAGGUGCUGCGAACAUGGGCUGCCGACACCUGCAGCCCCAGGAUAAACAUGGAGUUGAAGAUGCGCGCAGGCUUGCCUUCCAUACUUGUGGAGGAAGGAAAGAUCCCCGAGGGAGGGCCAAAGCAAUUGGUCGAGAUGGAGUCUAGGUUUCGCUACGAACAGUCAGCCGCAACGCCACACGCAGAGCCGGCAAUGUUGCAUAUUCUUGAGGGUUCGCCCAGUACAUUAGAUCUUGAGUGCGCCACGAUUGUGGAGGGUUUGAUCGUGCUUUCAACGAGCUCGAAGCUCUUUGCCCUCCGACCCAAAGACCCUCAUGCUGUGGCAAGCCUGAACGUUGCUACAGAGCUUGGUUCUAUAGUGGGCCUGGCAGGUUUGCAUCGCACAGAGUGUCGUGGACCAAAAGUCCUGGUACUUACGACCUUGGGCCUCUUUUGGUGGCACCUUGGCUUUGCCAUCAGUGGCCGACCUGAUUCAUUGGAGCAGCUGGUGCGGCUGAAUGGUGAUCCUCCGGAGACAGACGAGGAUGGCGCCACGUUAAGCUUUGCAGAACUGGCUCUCGUGCGGACGCGAGUUUUCGCGAGUGUCCGCAAGGUGCGAACACAGUGGUCGCCACACGGCUUCACGGAUUUCGGAAGCUUGGAUGACGCCCGUAUCAUGGGCCAUCAUAUGGCAUCCCGAGCCUGCACCUUAUUGUCAGCUGGAGGCCGGUAUCUCAUUUGCUUGGGAUCUGGCCUGGGUGCUGAGGUGUGGGAUGCAGGGUCGCCACCAGCCUUGCUUGCUUCGAAGCCAAAUGUUGCCAGGGCAAAUGGAAAACCAACAGUUCUGGACCUUGACGAGGAGACAUCGUUUCUGUGCUUACCCGAAAGGUCCGGACAAAUCGGUGUUUUUGCAGUACCCCACUUGGAACACUUGCGAUUUUUUUGUGUUUCAGGAGCCACACCAUGUGGCGGAUCUGUACAGCAGGUCAGGAAAGCUCUACGUCUCUUCCAAUUUCUUCCGAGAGGGUGUUGCGCAGGUUUGCUCUGUUUGGAAGGUGACAAAGCUGGAAGAAGAUGGCCCAGAUCAGGACAAGAGUGA